CGUAACUGACCACGUGGUUCGUACGGCUUGUCGUUUGCAAAGAACUUACUAAAUAAUUUUACAGCCGACUUUUGGUUUUCCGACACAUUUUUAUGUUUACUGCCAAGCAUAUCGUAGGGAAACACAUCUGAAGUCGCGUAAGUUCGUUGUAGCAAAUCAUAUUUGCUCCUGAUACCAUACAUUUUAAGGUACUUGAGAAUACAUUUGUUUGGAGGAUGAACAGUGUAGGAGAGGGGUGCACUGAACUGAAACGGGAAUACGAUCAAUGUUUUAACCGCUGGUUUGCAGACAAAUUCCUGAAAGGAGACCGGAGCGGUGAUCCCUGCACCGAAAUGUUUAAGAAAUAUCAGACGUGUGUACAGAAAGCCAUCAAGGAUAAAGACAUUCCUAUUGACGGUGUAGAAUUCAUGGGUCCAAACAAGGAAAAGCCUGCCACCUGAUCAUGAUGAAACUACCCAGCUUCCUUCACCGUCUGUCCAUCCUGCAUAGACUCUGGUGGAAAUGACUGCCAACUGUGGGGCAACUGAGACUAUUAUCUUGUAUUUAUAUCGGUAUUUAUUUGGAUUUCAGGAAGAACAAAAGAUGUAUCUAUUUAAGGAUGUGUAGACAAUGGUAACGAUUAUAUGCCAUCCCACUGAAAGUGGAUAUUCAUUCAGAUGUCAAAUACCCAUGUCUCUCACAAAAUCACUUUGGGGAAAAAAUACUGAUCAUGCUAAGCCCUUCUCCCCAACUAAGUAAAUUUAAGACAAGGAAUUAAAUAUGUAAAACAAUAAGCAGAGUUGUCUUUGUUAGCUUCAAACUUUGAAUACCUCAUAUUAUUUUUAUGGGACACAGCCCAAAAUCAGAUGGUGCUCAAAGACGGACUUUGAGUACUGCAGAUUUAACUUUUGUCCUAUUUCUUUCAAAUUUAAAAACUGGAUGACCAGCAGCCUGCUGCUCUUGAACCUUACAGCUUUUAUCCCUGAUCUCUAAGCUUGCAGUUAAUACAAAUGAAUAACUGAUUUCUCUGAUAUAUUGCCAUGCUUUUAUAAGCUCUUUACAUGCUUUUCUGAAACAAAAAGUGAACAAAAAUUACUCUGUCUUAUUCUGUCAUUCAAGCAAAGCAAUAAAGUGAAGAUUAAUGAA